GUGGCAGUAGCGCUCCGACCCCCAAUCCCCGACCCGCAGGCUCAUGCCGGACACUGAUAGACAAGUGCUUCUACUCACUCGCCUCUCUAACUUGCCUGCACUUUCCCUGCUCGCCCAUCAAUCGCUCCGACCCUGCUGCGUCCCUGCGACUGUCGCUGCGCAACUGCCCACAUAACUUGUCUCUCACUGCAGACACUUUAGGCCGGGCGUUAUUUUAAACUUCUGAUUUUUUUUAAAAAACUUUUAAAGAGCUUUUAGAACUUUUUUUUUAAGACUGUUUUUUCAAAUUUCCAAAAGAAGCUAAAAUGAAUAUUUUUCGGAUUUUGGGGGAUGUGUCCCAUCUGCUGGCCAUUAUUAUCCUGCUCCUGAAGAUGUGGAAGAGCAAGUCCUGUGCUGGUAUAUCGGGCAAAAGCCAGCUACUCUUUGCACUGGUGUUCACAACACGGUACUUGGAUCUCUUCACUGUAUUUAUAUCUCCCUACAACACUGUAAUGAAGAUCAUCUUCUUGGCCUGCGCAUACGUUACAGUUUAUUUGAUCUAUGGAAAAUUAAGGAAGAGUUAUGACAGUGAGAAUGACACAUUUCGUCUAGAAUUCCUCCUGGUGCCAGUUAUCGGACUUUCCUUCUUGGAGAACUAUGAAUUCACCCCUCUAGAGAUCUUAUGGACCUUCUCUAUCUACUUGGAGUCGGUGGCCAUCCUUCCCCAGCUCUUCAUGAUCAGUAAGACAGGAGAAGCGGAAUCUAUCACUACCCACUAUCUCUUCUUCUUGGGCCUCUAUCGUGUGCUUUACUUGGCCAACUGGAUCUGGCGCUACCACACUGAGAAGUUCUACGAUCAGAUCGCAGUAGUGUCGGGCGUAGUGCAAACCAUCUUUUACUUCGACUUCUUCUACCUCUAUGUUACCAAAGUUCUCAAGGGCAAGAAGCUGAGCCUCCCUAUGCCAGUGUGAAAGAGCCGGACAUCAGUGACCUGCACUAAGCCACCCCCCUGGACUUCUUCCUACUUCUUCCCUCACAGACUUUAUUAGCAGGUCAUGUACUUCUGCACAUUAUGCUUCCAUUCCUGUUUUCUCUUCCAUGGCUAGUGGAUAGUAAAACUGCAGCGGUUCCUUUAUUACCUUCUUGGGUUUUGCUAAAGUUUAAUAAAGUAUAUUUGGG